AUGAACACGCCAAGUUCAUCAAACUCAUCACCACCGGAUUUACCCAUUGUUUCUAUCAAUAACUGCCAAGUUUGUGGAACAGACGCUCAUGGAAACCAUUUUGGAGCAGUUACAUGCAGAGCGUGUGCUGCGUUUUUCAGAAGAUUUGCAAUAAAAAACAACUUCAAAUCGUGCAAAAACAAUAACAAAUGUAAGACACCGAACCAAGGAUGGUUCACUUGUAAGCCAUGUCGACUGAAAAGAUGCAAAGAUUUAGGAAUGACAAUAAGAAAUUUUCAAUUCGACCGUGAUCCAUACCGUACAACAAGUGAGAAGAAAACUGCGGAACUUCUCAAAAAUAUUCCGCCGACAAUGGAGACAUUUCUUGGACGCUCUAAUCUUAUUGUCUGUCACGCAAAAGAGCCUAAUGAUGGUUUCAAGUACUACGUUGAUCUACAAUAUCUUCUUGACAAGGCGAGAAUUGUUUUGGAGAAAGGGUCUGAAACUCCGAUUCAUGCUGCAAAUCCCCUUGAAAAACUUGCAUUGGGUCUUCAACAGACAUGCUGGCCAGAACCUAAACGAAAGAAAGUUGUCACAAAAUUUGGAAGAGAUGAAAUGUUCGCAUUGUGGGAAGAUGAAAUAUUGAAAGUUGCAAAAUGGUUGACAUAUUUUGAUGAGUUCCAGAAGCUUCCUUCCUUGAUUCAGUUAGAUAUAGUAAAAGGAGUAUGGAACGUGUGGAGUCGACUCGAAAGAGCUGCUACUAAUGCGAUUGCUAGACGUGAUAAAGUUUGUAAAGACAAUGAAAUGAUAGCGUAUGUUGGAAAAGAACUAUUGUUCGGUGAUAUGAAGAAUAUAAAUAUUGAUCUAUCGUGGUGCACAGAUUACACGCCGGAGCAGAUGAAGUUCUUUGAAUCUCACGACUAUAAAACAGAAUCGGAUCAUUUGAUCAAAUUGAUGCAGAAUCUUCAGCCAACAGACGUAGAAAUAUCAUAUAUGCUUUGUCAGUUAUGCUUUCAUCAGAUAGGGAAACAAAAGCCGGGAAUUAUUUUUCAACUGACGGAGCAGUUUCAAGAAACUCUUUCGAACCACUUACAUGAUUACUACGUCAAUCGAUUGAACAGUCCAAAAUAUGCAGAUAGAAUUAUGAACAUGAUGAAAGUGAACAAUACCAUACAGCAAUACCUCUAUCAGGACAAAGUGAAAUCGGAAUUGAAGAAAGUGUUCGAUGUUUACUUCGUCAAAUAUUCACAUCCUGAUUUAAUUAUGAAUUACUGA